AUGCCGUCGCCAAUUGAAACUUUUUUGGCCGAAAGGUCUUUAAAAAAGGACCUUCAGUGUAUCUAUGGCAAAGUGAUCCAGGACGAUGAUGAUUUCCGAGCAACCUAUCUCUAUGUCUUAACUGGACGUGGAGCUUCAUCGGUAGAUCAUCCUGCUGGCUGGACAGAGCCGAGAUUACAAUCAGUGAGCUCUCUCGACGAGUCAACCUCCUCCUACCGAUUUAUAGGCUCAUACAUCGCUCACAACUGUGAUCUCAUCAAUAGGGUCCCGUUCACUCCACCUCGUUUCGAUCGCAUUGAUAGAGAAACAAAUUUACCGAUACCCGCAAUUAAUAUGUCGAAGUAUAUGUACUUUUGUUACCAUGAUUUGCCCGCCAGAUGUCUUAGAAUAGCCUCUCCUCCUCCUAUUGGACAAAGGCCCAACCACCAAAUUUUUAGGAACUACAGUGGAUCCAUUAAAAUGUUUGUGAAUGACAUUGGAGAACGAACGAUAGAACGAGCGCGGAGCAUUACAUCUAUGAUUGUGCUGGCGAAUAUCAUGAGCGAGGAGUUUAAACGAAGAUGUAGAUCUGUAGCGAAUCACCUCGAAUUAGAGAUGUUCUUCUACAAAUCCGUAACCGAUGACCAAUUGUACUAUGUCUUUACUGAUUUUUGGUCAGCUAUCGACUUUAGGGCGCUUCAAGUGAGCGAUGAGCUUCCACAUCCUCCUACAGAGCAAGAUAAAUGGCGAUUUCAAUUGAGAAAGUUUACCAAAGUGACGUUUGCUUGUUUAGCACGCGAUUACUUCAAAUACUGCUUGCAGGUGACAAGUUUAAAGAAGGGCCAAAAUUCGACGCAACCGUCAGAACGGCAGGUGAAUUUUAUUAAGGAGAAGCUCACUUACGAACGAUUGUGUCGAAACUUGUGGGUCUAUCCCAAUAGAAUUGGGGAAAAUGAAGUUGUCAGAAAUUUUCACAGAGAGAUUCUUGCGCCUCCCGACAAAUAUACACGGCUCAUUGCAGAACCGCCAGCAAUCGAGAUACAAGACGGGCACAUUCCAGGCAGUGGGGUGAUUUUCUUCGAUGUGGAGAAAGAGAGAAAACGCUUCAAUACGGGUUUGCAAAAAGUGACGGACGAGUGGCAGAAGCCGCCAGCGUUGGUACUUUUGAAGGACGCUCAGGAUUUCUAUGCUACACGGGAUUUCCUCGUUGACUGCGAUCCACCUAUGUAA